AUGCUCAAACAAUUUUUGCUCUUUCUUUUAUUUGUGGGGAGUUCACUCUCCUAUAAUUUUUACUGGUAUGACAAAACGCAAACCCUUCAAAAUCGUCAAACUAUGGUCCACCUUUUUGAAUGGAAGUGGACGGAUGUUGCCAAAGAAUGUGAGAACUUUUUGCAAUACUACGGAUACGGAGCUGUCCAAGUUUCUCCACCAAUGGAGCACUUGAAGGCGUUCCCAAAUAACAAUUAUCCGUGGUGGGUGAGAUAUCAGCCAGUUAGUUACAAAUUGGAUUCGAGAAGUGGAAAUGAGCAAGAGUUUCAAGACAUGGUGAAUAGGUGUAACAAGGUUGGAGUCAGGUUAGUUUUCAAAUCGGAAUACAUGUCCCAAGCGAUCAAAUUUAGAAUCAUCGUAGACAUCGUUAUGAAUCACAUGGUAGGAAUUGGGCAAAAAAGUGGAUCUGGAGUCAGUUCCAGUGGAAGUUCAAGUUUCGAUGGAACCCAUGGAGUUCAGUCAUUCCCAGGUGUUCCAUAUUCUUUUGGAGACUUUAACAAUCCAAAAUGCGAUGGAGAUAUUCAAGGAUCUGAUUAUCAGAAUAGUGCAGAGCACGUUAAAAACUGCCGUCUUGUGGGACUUCUUGACUUAAACCAAGCCUCUCCAACAGUCAGAGCCAAGAUUGUUGCCUACUUGAAUAAGCUUAUCGAUAUGGGAGUCGCUGGAUUCAGACACGAUGCUUCCAAGCAUAUGUGGCCACAAGAUAUUCUGAAUAUUUUGAACGAUGUCAAAGACUUGAGAGCAGAUCUCUUCGGCUCUAACCAACGCCCAUUCGCGGUUCAUGAAGUCAUUGAUCGUGGUGGUGAAGCCGUGAAAUGUGCCGAUUACCUUGGAAAUGGAAGAUACACAAAUUUCAAUUUCGGAGCUGCUGUGUCAUCUGCCGCAAAGCAACAAUCCGACUGGAGAUACCUGGCGAAUUUAGGUCCCGGAUAUGGAUACGGUAACAAUGAAGAUCACGAUGUUCUGAAUUUCAUUGAUAAUCAUGACAACCAAAGAGAUUCGAGCCCAUAUGUGGUCACUUACAAAGACGGUCAAAAAUACAAUCUCGCGGUCGGUUUCAUGCUGGCCUGGCCCUACGGAUAUCCAAGAGUGAUGAGCAGUUUCGCAUUCAGCUAUUCUGAUCAGAGUCCACCAAAUUCGGGAGCAUCCAAUGAUUAUGCGACCACUAGUCCAACGUUCAACCCAGAUAACACAUGUGAUAGCAAGUCCGGAUGGGUAUGCGAGCAUCGUUGGCCGGCUAUCCGUCAGAUGGCAAAGUUCAGAAGUUCAGUUCAAGGAACUGCCGCUACUCAGAUUGUUACUGACAACCAAAGAAUCGCAUUUGCAAGAGACGGAGCUGGAUUUUUCGCGUUGAACCAACAAGGAGGAACUUGGAAUAAAAACUUUGCUACUACUCUCCCCGCUGGAGAUUAUUGUGACCAUUUCACAGGUGGUAUUGAUAAUGGGAAGUGUGCUGGAACCAAGGUCACAGUUCGAGACGAUCAAACUGCUUACUUGAAUGUCCCAUCCAACUCUGUUAUCGCCAUUUCUCUCGGCUCAAAACUGGUUCCAUAUUCUCCCCCAGCAGUUCCAUCUGGAUACAGUACAACAGUAAUUUUCCUCAAAAAAGACACUCAACCAGGACAGAACUUGUUCAUCAGAGGAGGAACUAGCAGCUCUCAUAAUGGAAGUAUGUUUUCGUCCAUUUACUUAUUCAACGUUUUUCUCUUUUUUUUUCUAGAAUGCUCUACUGGACCAUACCAGCAAUCCAGCGAUCCAUGUGCCAUUCCAAUUUAUCACAACACAACUGUCCCAUUCGUCUAUGCUGAAUAUCUUUCUUGGAGCCAACAAGACAACUAUUUGGAUUUUGAAGGUGCUGAAAUAAAGCAGGGAACUCAUGAUGGAGCAGCGGCAUUUGGAACUCCAUUGGCCUACUCUACAAAUGACAACACUGCCGUUGAAUAUCAGCCGUACAACAAAUAUGGUCCAGGAUACUGGAUGGCUGUUCUCAAGAUGGACUGCUCCAAAGCUGAACAAGGGUGGUUUGAAGUGAAAGGAUACGAAUCCCCGGGUAUCGGAUGGGAGGGUGAUAUCAAACAAGGAUCGUGUACUGGAGGUGUUGGUGGUUCCGCACCAUUCUCUUCUAUCAACCACGUGGCAAAGUGUGGAGCUGUCAACGUGUUCACUUGGGGAUCCGCAAGUUGUAUUGUGGAUUCUGCCUAG